AUGGCUAACAGCUGCCAAGGUGAUUUAAAAUACUUAACUGACUGUAUGUUCUUUAUUAAUGGCUACUGCAAAUUGAACGAUACUUGUUGCUAUCGGCAUUGUCGUGAAGCUGUUGAACAAAUAAACAAUUGUUUGAAAUGGCCAAAAACAUGUCGUGAUGUUAAUUGUCCUUAUCGACAUCCAACAAAAACAUCUGAAAUGGUACCGCCAUCAUCAAAAACAAAAAGUUUAGUGAGCAUCUUUUGGGAUAUUGAAAAUGUUCCUAUACCAAAAGGACAAAAACCUUUCGAUAUUGUUCAACGUAUUCGACAAAAACUAAUCAUUGAACGUAGUUUACAUGAAGUUGGUUUUUCUUGCUAUUGCAACAGUAUUACAAUAUCGGAAAGUAAUCAGAUUAGUUUACAUCAUGCUAAUGUUCGUAUUGUGCAUGUACCUGAUCGAAAACCAGGUGCAUGUGAUCGACAAAUAAUGCUUGACUUAGUUCGUUUCGAACGUAUUUGUCAUUCACCAGCAACUGUUGUAUUAAUAUCGGGCGAUAUUGAUUUUAUUGGAAUAUUGAAUGGUCUUCGACAUCAAGCAGGCUUCCGUGUUAUUGUUAUACAUAAUAAACCAGCUAAAGAAGAAUUAAAAGCAACAGUGAAUGAACAUUAUCCAUGGGAAGUAUUUACAGUACAACCAGCCGUUGUAAUAAAUGAUUCGAAGCCAAUUGAAAAUGAGCGAACAUCACGAGCAGAACAAUCAAAUCGAACACGUCAUUCUAGUCGUAACAGAAGUUUACGUCGUAGAGAUCCAUCACCAAAUGUAGCAGCUAGACAACGAGCCAUUGCAAAUAAUCAAGAUAUACAAAAAUUUCAAUGUCCUGAAUGUAAAAAUGAAUAUGAUUCUAUUCAAAGUUUACGACAACAUCAAAGUGCAAAAGCACAUCAAUUCAAUUGUCCUGUAUGUGAUGAGAAAUUUUUUACAACACUAGCACAAACUCAACAUCAAAAAGACAAAAAUCAUUAUGUAUUAGAUUAUAAAUGUUGUCAAUGUAAUCGUUAUUUUGCUAAAAUUGAAAGUUUAAAUCAACAUCAACAAGCGACUGGUCAUAUAUUAUCUUCAUCACAGAUAUUAAAUCAAAAUGAACCAAUUCGUCCACAAACAAUGAAUAAUGAUAAUAAAAAAGAUGCUCAACGAAUCAUUCUCGAAGGAAUUGAAGCCAUGAAACAAAUCUAUUUAAAGAAAUCUCUAAAAAAAUAA